CUGACCAGAGAGGUCAAGUGGAUUAACCCUUCUGCCACUACAUUGCAACCAGCCUGGAUCCUUCCCACUGUAAGCAGCCAGGACCCCUUUCCAGGAGCCUCGCGGGCCUCCUCUCCCGCGUGGCUGUUCAGUGUGCAAAAGCCUCUGAUAAGUUCUACCAGGAGCUGGAGCCAGCCCUGAGGCUGGAGGUGGCUCCUGGGCAGUAAGUGGUUUUGGGGGAGGGGGAGGAGAGAGGAUGAGUUCUCCCGGCACGGAGAGCUCCGGCAAGAGCUUGCAGUACCGGGUGGACCAUCUCCUGAGCGCGGUGGAAAACGAGCUGCAGGCUGGCAGCGAGAAGGGAGACCCCACGGAGCGGGAGCUACGAGUCACUCUGGAGGAGAAUGAGCUGUGGCUGCGCUUCAAGGAGCUCACCAACGAGAUGAUCGUGACCAAGAACGGCAGGCGGAUGUUCCCCGUGCUGAAGGUGAGCGUGUCCGGCCUGGACCCCAACGCCAUGUACUCCUUCCUGCUGGACUUCGUGGCCGCCGACAAUCACCGCUGGAAGUACGUGAACGGGGAGUGGGUCCCCGGGGGCAAGCCCGAGCCGCAGGCCCCGAGCUGCGUCUACAUCCACCCGGACUCGCCCAACUUCGGAGCGCACUGGAUGAAGGCGCCGGUUUCCUUCAGCAAAGUCAAACUCACCAACAAGCUCAACGGAGGGGGGCAGAUCAUGUUGAACUCCUUGCACAAGUAUGAGCCUAGGAUUCAUAUAGUGAGAGUUGGUGGCCCUCAGCGUAUGAUAACCAGCCAUUCCUUCCCAGAGACCCAGUUUAUAGCUGUGACAGCUUAUCAGAAUGAGGAGAUCACAGCUUUAAAAAUUAAAUACAAUCCAUUUGCAAAGGCUUUCCUUGAUGCAAAAGAAAGAAGUGAUCACAAAGAUAUGAUGGAUGAAGUCGGAGACAAUCAACAGUCUGGGUAUUCACAGUUAGGUGGCUGGCUUAUUCCUGGAACUGGGAGUCUGUGCCCCCCCUCCAAUCCUCAUGCUCAAUUUGGAGCACCUCUAUCACUGUCCUCUGCUCACAGCUGUGAAAGAUUCUCAUCGCUGAGGAAUCACCGUUCUGCCCCUUACCCCAAUCCAUAUGCCCACAGAAACAACUCUCCAACAGCCUAUGCUGAUAAUUCCUCGGCCUGUCUUUCCAUGCUCCAAUCCCAUGACAACUGGUCCAGUCUAGGAGUUCCCACACACGCUAGUAUGCUGCCCAUGAGUCACAGCACUGGCACAUCUACCAGCUCCAGUCAGUAUCCCAACUUGUGGUCUGUGAAUAACAGCACCAUCACACCCGUGUCUCAGUCAGGUGGGAUGUCCAAUGGACUGAGCUCCCAGUUUUUGCGAGGCUCUACAGCACACUACCCACCCCUUCCUCACUCUGUCACUGCCUCCUCCUCGGGAUCUCCGCUGUAUGACGCUGGCACACCAACAGACAUUUCUGACAGUCAGUAUGAUACCUCUGCACAUAAUAGGCUGGCAUCCACAUGGACUCCUGUCACACCACCUUCUAUGUAAACCAAGCCCUUUCUUUAAGAUAAAGACUUUCUAGCUAUUUAGUUACAAUUCAUACUGAAUCCACAAUGAAGUCUUGAGGAGGGGAAAAAGAGACAUGAAGUAAAUUACAAACAAAAAAACUGCACUGCUUUUGUAUAAAGUAAUUGAAUUAUACUUCUUACAGUAUAACAGUGUAUCAUUAGCAGCAUAUAGACCUUAUGAGUGCAAUUCUCGUAUAGCAGAUCCACUGCUCUUCCUUUUUAAAAUAAAUAUUUUUAGUCCUUUUCAAUUUGGCAGAGAUGGGCCUGAGACACCAAAGUUUGACCCAUAUUCCACACUUCUCAAUGUUCUUUGAGUAUCUGGAUCUGGGGUUUUGUUUCAUGCCCAUCUUGACAGUUUUGUCAGUCUUUUUUUUUUUUUUUAAAAAUAAGCUACAUCCUGUCAAUUGCCAGUUAACAUUUUGCUUAGCUGUAGUUGUGAGAGAAGCUUUAUUAAGUGCAUAGUUUGAAUCAAUCUCAAAUCUACAUAAAUUUAGCUAAUGAGUGAAAUUUGGAAAACUGUGUGCACUAAUGUAUAUUUGUCAUGAGAAUAUGUGGUAUUCUGGUAGUUAACAGUUUUAUGCACAACUGUAUGCUUAUUUCCUUGCUACUGAAUUAAAUGAUGAAGACAAUCAGCAAGAACUUUUUUCUGCAUAAUAAAUGCAAUAUAAAAUUUUGCUCUAGUCAUCUUUACCGAAAAUACCCCCUUUUUAAGGUGAGUUUCAUUGUUUGAUCAUAUAGCCAAUGAGCAACUUUCAGACUAACUAAACUCCUGCCUUUCAAACAGCUGUUAUCUAAUGGAGGCCUCCAUCCAAAGUCCUUGGAAACCAAUGGAAAGACUUUAAUUGACAUUAAUGGUCUAUGGCCCAGGCCCUAAAUGAGAGAAGAAAGUCAAUACCUAAUGGUUCUUUCUAAUUUAUUUUAGUUCAAUAUUGUACUCUGAUCAAUAUUUAUUAUUUGUUAGGAUGUGACUUUGUUUUGUACAUUUUAAGAUGUGUAUAUAAUCCGUCAAUAUGCUGUGUACCUUAAGACAAUCAUACAUAGGACAUGUCACCCCAAGACAUAUGGAAAUAGUGUGGAUCCAAGUAGUUAAGUUAUUAUACACGAGCAAAUCCCAAAUGUCAGUAAUUUGGGAUGGGAGUAUAGAUAUAAGAUUAAUGUACACCAGCUGCUUGUCUUCACUAGAAGAUUAGGUCAUGGUAAUGUCCUUGCUAUCCAUGCCUCAUAUCUUUGAGGGCUCUUAUUAACUACAAUGAGUUGACCUUAUCGUCUGCUGAAGACAAACCCCAAAUGUUGGGUCAAAAUGUGCCUUUGGAUGUGCAUUCUGCUCCCACUGACUUCAAUGAACACACGUGUGAGGGUGGAAUCUGAUCUUUAUGCAUAAACCAUAACAAACCCCUUUUUGAUGAAGUGCAUAAGGUUAGAAAGUAGACUUCUAAGUUAGAGGAUUCAUUCAAUAUUUCAUAUGCUAUAAUGGCAGUUUAAAGAUGAAAAAGCAAAUGCAUGCUGCACUUUUGGUUUCUUAGGUCCUGUUCCUGCAACUGGAUCCACAUGGGUGGACCCUUGCAUUCAUGCAGUGCCCCAUUGAGUUCAGUGGGGAUCUGCGCCAGGCACAAAGAUCUGCCCAGGCAGGGCCAACAGCAGGAUCUGGAAGUUAGAUGUUAUUCCAAACGAGCCAAUCACAACAAAGGGCAGCACCAGAGUCAGAUGGCUGUAAACUGUGUCCUCUCAAUAUUGUAAAUAUUGAUCUAAGCUCUCCUAUUUUAUUGUGAAAGUGAAUCAUGUAAAUGAUGUAAGUGCAUUGUUAUACUCUUUUG